UCGCUCGAGGGGAGGCGCAGGUGUGUAGGCCAAUGAGGGAGGGCCUGGGCCCAGGGCCUCACGGAGUCAGACCUGUUCUGGGAAGAGCACCAAGUUGUCCCUCCCAAGCUGGUCAAGCCCCACUGAUGAUGGAUGAGAGGGAGGAGGAUGCCGAUGAGGAAGCCUGGCUGCAGCUUCGGCCGGUGGAGCCCUUGCCCUCCCAAUGCUGUGGCAGUGGCUGCUCACCUUGUGUGUUUGACCUCUAUCACCGGGAGCUGGCAAGGUGGGAGGCAGCCCGAGCCAGCAAGGACAGGAGCCUGCUCAGUGGGGAGGAGUCCCAGAGCUGCCCGUCCAAGCUGAGCCCAGAGACCUUCCUGGCCUUCUGCAUCAGUGCCGUGGACAGACUCACCGAGGACACUUACCAUGUUCGGUUUGCACUACCCAGGAACUGCCAGUUCAGCCUGCGGCCUGGCCAGCACCUCAUCCUACGAGGGAAGGUGGAUGGCUUAGAAAUUCAGAGAGCCUAUACGCCCAUCAGCCCUGCCAACGCAGAAGGAUACUUUGAAGUUUUAAUCAAGUGCUACCCGACUGGGCUGAUGUCCCGGUACGUCAGGUCCUGGGGCACAGGACACACAGCUUUCUGGCGAGGACCUUUCGGCGAUUUCUUCUAUAAAGCAAACCAGUACGGUGAGCUCCUCAUGCUGGCUUCAGGCACUGGCCUGGCCCCCAUGGUGCCCAUCCUGCAGAGCAUAACAGACAAUGCAGAGGACGAGACCUUUGUCACCCUGGUCGGCUGCUUUAAGACCUUUGAGGGCAUCUACCUGAAGACCUUCCUCCAGGAGCAGGCCCGUUUCUGGAACGUCCGAACCUUCUUUGUCCUCAGCCAGGAGAACUCCCUGGAGAAGCUUCCCUGGAGUUACCGGGAGAAGACCCGCUUUGGCCGCUUGGCCCAGGGCCUGAUUGAAGAGCUGGUUGGCUCCUGUCGCAGAAAGCCAUUUGCAUUGGUCUGUGGCUCAGCCGAGUUUACCAAGGACAUGGCCAGGUGCCUGCUAUGCGCAGGCCUGGCCAAGGACUCCUACUUCCUCUUCUAGCCCUGGCCUCCCUUCCAAAGCCCAGGCCCGGGUCCUGCCACUGGAACACUGGAAGAAGCACAGACUGGAGUCAGAAGACAUGGAGUGCAGGCCUGGCCCCACCGCUCACUGGCCGGGUGACCUCAGGUGAAUGUCUUUACCUCUGUGCACCUGCAGUUCUCCCCUACCUCACGAGGUUGCCACCUCCCUCAGGCAGACAUCUUGCUGUGUGGAGGGAAGAUGGGGCUGCAGGAGCCCCAGGGAGGGGGCGUGGGAGUCCGGGAGGACUCCGAGGAGAAAGCCUGGUCCAUGCCAAGCCCCAGGAUGAGUAGAAGCCCGCUGGAGGAGGUGCAGGAGGAGCUUCCCAGGUGCCUCAGAUUGGAGGGCUUUGGGACUCCCACCCCACCCUGCCCUAGAAAUGCCUGUUCUAAAACCUUUCCCUGGAAGCUGCGUGUCCCUGCUGUGGCCUCAGGGCUGGCUCAGCUGCAUUGCUUGCGGAGUGUUUAGGGAAUGACCAUAGGGGUAGCUAAGAGCUCUUUGGAGGAGGAACUUGCCUUAUGUACCUCCUGUGCCUCAAGCCUGACACAGCGGUCUCGGGUUCUGCGACCUGAUCACAUUCUCCGGGCAAGGUGAGCCCUGGACUACCUUUAUUUUGUACUGGGUCCCAGGCCUUUCCUGCUGCAAACAGCUUCGCUCUCAGUCUCCCUUCCCUGGCUCAAGAGCCCAGCCCAGAGUCCUUUCCUGAGCAAAAGAGGUACAGAAACGAGCGCCCCUCGCUCCUCUAGGCAGCCAGCUCAGCCCGCCUUCAGCUCCGGAGCCCUGGUGACGGUUGCUAUGGAGAUCUAAAGAUAGAGCAGGAGUCAGGAGACCUGGGUCCCUCUCCCUGCUCUGCCCACUGAGCCGCUGCUGGUUCCACUCCACCCCCACUGCCCUCCCCACCGCGCCCCUCCAUCCUGCGUGGGGCAAGCCCUCCCCUUGGACCUGGCGCUCCGUAAUGAAUCCUGCUUUCCACCGCCUGGCCUCCACCGUGCUGCCUCAGCCGGGGCUGGCAGCAGGCGGGAAUACUAA